AUGAUGGCCUGGCUUUGGAUUCUGCUUCAUGCCGGCGCUGGUCUUGAAGCCUGCUUUCCCGGUUUCCGUCUUAGACACACGUCAGUCAUGGAAGGAGAACAGAGGACUUGGAACAGCUUCACCAAGAAGUGCUUCGCUUCUCGUAUGACGCUAUUGUCGUUCCCUACACAGAAGCAUCAUCUUCUUCUCCCUCUAUCCCACGCAUUGCUAUUGCCUACAGCAGCACUAUUUACCAACCUCCUUCAUGCAUUCCUUCCUGUGAGCUGCAUUUGGUCUCGCAGGACUUACACUCAGACAAGAUCCAUCUCUUUCACCUUCCUUGACUUUCAGUCUCACAUAUUACAAUACGCUUUGGCUGACUGGCUGACCUGUUUAGCCCGAAUCCCGCCUUGA